UUUUCGAAGUUUUAUUAAGUUUAAUUCCUAUUUCGUACCUUAAAUAAUGAAUAAAUAACGCGAACAAUUUCUUGUUGAAUUUCCCGGUCUCUGUUGAUAUUCACACAAACAACUUUGUUGUUAAAAUCGCAAAGUGACCACAAGGAACGAUAGAGGUGCCUAUGGUUUUUCUGACCAACUUUCUCCGUCAGACCUUUCGCAUUUUUAACACAAUGUCCAAGGUAACGUUUGACUCUACAAAUGCCAAGGGCUCUUGCACCGGAGUUCUGCAAGGAGAUGUCAGUCAGACCAAAAAAGGGGUUAUAGUUCUUCAAGAGUGGUGGGGAAUGAAUGAACAGAUUAUCAAAGAGGCAGCUCUCAUUGGAUCGCAAGGAAACUUUGUUACACUUGUUCCAGACCUGUACCGUGGGGAGUUGGCCACAGACAACGAGGAGGCGUCCCAUCUGAUGGACAAUUUAGACUGGAAAGGGGCUGUUGCUGAUAUACAGGGAGCCGCUAAGUUUCUAAUUAGCAAAGGAUGUACAAAGGUGGGUGUAACCGGAUUCUGUAUGGGCGGGGCUCUUUCCCUUGCAGCAGCUGCCCUGGUUCCUGAAAUCUCAGCCGCUGCCCCUUUUUAUGGUAUCCCAAGCAAGGGACUUUGUGACGUCGGCACGAUCACGAUUCCCGUUCAGGCUCACUUCGGGUCAACUGAUGACUAUAUAGGCUUUUCAUCACCAGCUGACGCAAAGUUACUUGCCGAAAAGCAGAAACAUAAUAAGAACUUUGAACUUUUUAUGUACGAAGGCUGCGGCCAUGCUUUCACCAACCCCACAGGUCCGCUUGGAAAUUAUAACGAGGAUGCCUGCACGUUGGCACUUGGGCGUAUGGGUGAAUUUAUGAACAAGCACCUUGCUUAAUUUUUGGUAUAUGUAUUGCGUGUGUCUUCUGACUAAACGUUGAACUGUUUUACGUACAAAGGAUGUGAUCGUAGCUUUGUCCAAUCAACUGGGCCGCUUGGUACAUGUAAUUAUAACGAGAGAGUUUUUCAAGUUGGUCAUCGGGAAUUACAAUAUGUACCAACAAACACCUUAGUUUAUUUUUUUCUCCUUUGGUCUUUCUUGCGCUUUCAAUGAGUGAAUUUGCUAGUUGUCGCUUUAUUUAACCCUUAGACGUCCAUUUUUAUGUUUCUAACUAUUGUGUUUGUAAAGUUUUUCUUACAUUAGUUUCUCUUUAACUUGGCGAUUUCCUUUGAGUGUAAACGCAUUACGAAUCCAAUUAAUCAAUGAUACGAAUUAUUAUUAGGGAGUCAUGUAUACAAUACCCUUCUUUUGCAAAAUUGAUCACAUUCAUUAUCACUCUUGAUUAUUUUUUAUUAAUACACUACAUUGACUAACAGCUUAUACAUGUUAACUACUUAAUGUCAGAUUGGUUGACAUGAAAAUAAUCUAAAUUGAAUGAUAUUAAAGUUUUCUUUGCUCCA